UAGUGUUAUGUGAGUGGAGUGCCACAAUGUCAGUGAACAGAAUCGUGAUUGUAACCCUCGUAGUGGCUUGUAUAGCCGGAGUGUCGUGCAGGAAACAUUCACCCCUUCUAGGAGACGAGGCGGGUAGGAGGACACAGGCUGCAGAAUGUCAGUUUGGAAAGACUCUGAAGGAACUUGGUUCAACAUGGUUUGCAGAUUUGGGACCUCCAUUCGGCGUCAUGUACUGCAUCCGAUGCGAGUGUGUUCCGUAUCAUCGCAAGCGGCGGGUCGUGGGCAAGGUCCACUGCCGUAACAUCAAGCACGAGUGUCCCAAGCCCUCGUGUGACGAGCCAGUCCUGCUGCCAGGGCGUUGCUGUAAAGUUUGCCCAGGAGACAACGACAGUCCAGAUAUUGUAGAGGAACAACCCCCUACAGCAGGCGUUGAAGAAGAGAAAAGUUUAAAACACUUUGCCGCAGUGCUGACGUCCAAGAUGACACCGACACUGGAAGGAGCUCCAACGAUUGCUGCAGACAGAACUGUCGACUACAAAGCCACUGGAAGAUUCACCUUCCACAAACGCAACUUGUACUACUCCUUCUACACUUCCGUGAGACCUCGAGGAGUGCAGUUUGUGGAUAUGAGAGGGAACAUCCUUGAGGAACAGGUUCUCACGCCUCACAGUGCCUACCAGAAUGACACAGACAAGGUAUGUGGCGUUUGGCGGAGGAUACCUCGAGAAUACCGACGUCUCGUCCGGGAAGAGAGGCUGCAAGUCACAUUGCUGUGGGAGAGAGCUGAACUAGCCAUCACUGGACAGCUUUAUAGGUAUCGUACCCUGGCCACUGAGCUGUACAGUGCUCUACUGGAAGGUUCAAGCCCCAAUGCAGCAGGAACAGCCAUUGUCUCCGUGUCUACACAAGCUCCGUCCAUCCACCUGACUCUUGUGUUCACGGGCGUGUUCGGGGCUGACGACACAGCAAACUCUCCCGUGACUGUGCGGCUGUACACCAACGGUGGCAAGGAGCGAGUGGUUCUUGAAGAGGUGGUUAGAGUUGAAAAACCAUCGCCUGACAUCAACGUCGUGGAAGUACGUUCUGCUGUAAGUAACCUCGAUCUGAACCAGAUGUCCAGACAACGGUUGAGUGUAACCAUCUCUUCACGCUCAGGAGAAUCAAUAUCUGGUGUCGUCCGCACUCGGGCCACUUGCGAACUGUUCCACGCACCACUGGCAGCGCCUCCUGAGAACGAAGACAAGUCCACCCAGACGACAGGCAUGGCUUGGAUGUACAUCGACAAACUAGGAGCCUUGAGAUACCACGUACGUCUGGACGGAGUGACACAGCCCGAUGUCCUUGGAUUAGUGGUUGAUCGCCGACUGGUUGAACUCGAAGAUCUGACGCCUUCAUUCCACAACGGAUGGGCAAAUGGAACGAUCGACCAAAUCAAUACUCGCCACUUGGAACAGUUGUAUAAUGGUGAGCUGGCCAUCAAUGUUGCUACAACGACAACCCGAAGUCUGGCCAGAGGGCGACUCGCUCCUCGCCCCGUGGCCGAUGCCCGAGACGCUCCUUCCCCCUCCCUGCUGGUGGCCACUGAUAGUCUCCCCACUCCAUCUAGUGGUCUUAUCUGGGCUGCGGUUGACAAUGAGUGUAACUUACACUAUGAGGUUGUGCUGUCCGGGACUUGGUCGGAGGAUCGCACCAUGGGCCUCUACCUAGAAGACAUCCCAUUAGUUGCUCCCGGAGCUCCUGUCACCCGGAGACUUCUGGAGGAGUUUGCAGGAAACACAGUGGAGGGGUUUGUCCUGGGACUGACACCCACUGAGCUGACUCGUCUCGAUACCGGAGUCGUCCACUUUGACAUCAAGGACCUUCACACCACCAAGUCCCUACUGAAGGCACACUGGAGACAGGUCUCCAUUCCUCCGGCUUGUCUACCACAUUACUCUGACAACAAUGUUCCGCCAGUCAGCAACAUAAACAGUGACGCCAACCUACCAGAGCAAACUAGCUGCUUCCACAGCGACAGUUUCCACGACGAGGGCGCCCAGUGGGUCAGCCGCUCCGAGCCUUGUACCAUGUGUAACUGCCACCACGGUAGAGUGAAAUGUGACCCUGUGGUCUGCCCAACGCUGCCGUGUACCAACCCCACACUACGGAAUGGCCAGUGUUGUCCUACAUGUGACAACUCAACGUUUGACUCAAGUAACAUCUCGCAAGGGUGUUAUCUUGCAGGACAGCUGCACGCCCCAGGUAGUUCCUGGCAUCCCUACCUUCCACCCGCCGGCUUCGACACCUGCGCAGUGUGCCAUUGCAAUAGCUCAUCACUGACAGUCAGGUGCAUGAGAACAGUCUGUCCACCCCUAGACUGCGACGAGACAGUCGCGCUACGUCGCGUCGGCUGCUGUAAAACAUGUCCUACGCCCUCCCCUGUCACAGUCCCACGUGACCCUGCGUACCUGGGAGACCAGCAGAGCUCCAUCACCAGGUCCAAGGCAGAUGUACUAGCAGCGGGUGGCUGCACCUACCCCGUGGGCCGACUGUUUGAGAACGGAGAAGAAUGGCAUCCAAGAGUUUUCUCCCACGGGGAAGUCAAAUCCGUCAAGUGCCGUUGUAAAGACGGUGUGGUAAAAUGUGAGCGACGGAGACAUCAUUGAACCUACGAUCUGAUCGUCACUGUUUCUCGCUUGCCAUCGCUCCGUGUGAUGUUACCUACGCUCGGCUCCGACCCGACGGUCCCUUUGAACUUAUGUAUUCGAACAAUGGCUGCUACAGCUUAUCUAUAGAUAUGUAAUAACACCUAGCAAUAAAUUAUUGUAAUUAUAGAAAUAUGACGUAUAAGACUGAUGUUAUUAACUAUGUAAGUUAUUCGUACUCUAUGUCUACUUAGUGCUAAUUGUGUCAAUUUGCCAUGGUCUGUCAUUAUUUUUGUCUAAAUGUUCUAAUAGAUUAAGAUUAUCGAUAAGAAAACAAUAAUUAAAAUUUCUUUUGUAUUUGUGUACAGUAAAUCCGCCCUUGAAAUUUUAAAUUAACUUUUUAGCUAAUUUUAACCACCAUUAUUCAGAAUUGGAAUGAUUAUGAAUUUUUACAAACUAGCUUUUUGUUUAGCCUACAAAUAUUGCUUUUACAAAUAAUUUACCGAUUAUUAUGUUUUCAGAAAUAAAGCUACAGUAUUUAUUUUACUUCCGCCCCAGGUAUGUACACAGAUACAGCAAAGAAAAGUUCCUAGCGCACAUGAAUUUUAUGAAAGUGGAGUCCAAAAUUUACCGUAAUCAUUCCCCUCCACUGCGACUUUUAUGAGUAUUUUUUCACCUUAAGCAACCAAUAAAUUUAUUUUUCUGAACCCUUACUGUACAUAAACGGUAUUUUUUCGCAUUAACAAGUCCUGUAUUUAUUAAGAUUGUAUGUAUGUCUUGUGCUAUAAUGUAAAUAAUUAUGUUGAGUAUUCGUCGUCUUGUGAGUAGAGCUAACUCGAGGAAUAUAUUAUGUUUAGUUACCAGAUUUUGUUAAGGAAAAGGACUUAUCAAAUAAAUUAUGAAGUGUGCCUUUUAAUGGAGAUUGCCAAAUUAAUAAAGUUUCAUAUCAUAGACAUAUCAAAGUACUUUCUAUAAUAGUAGUUUGCAUCACUAGAACCAAAAGUGGCUCUUUUUAGUACGCAAUCGUGUUUUACAAGUGAGGCGCAGCCAAGCUUGGAAAUACGAUUAAAUACCAAAAAGACACUUUCGCUCUGUAUGAUGAACAACUAACAUCAUACUCUGGAAAUAACCUUCUAAUCGUAAAAUCAUCUAAUCGUCUGAACCACAUAAUUUGAGGAUAGACAAAGCCGUCAUCAAUGUUUACAUUUCUGUUGUUUGUAAACAUAACUUAAAGUAUCUUUUGAUUAGCAGCGUUUCCAAAAUGUACUAAUACAAUUUUAAGGUUAGAAAACCGAAAAAUUUACCAUAGAUAUUUUUGAUUUGUUUCCUAAUUUAAGUUACCCGAAAACGAUGAUUUUGCGGACAAUUUAGAGAACUAAAAACAGCUGUUUUCCUUUGAAUAUAUGACAAGUAAAUUAUUAUUAUCUGGUAGUAUGUAACGUCAUAGAUAAAACAUACCUACUCCCGUUUACAUUGUUAAAUUAUUACAAUGUUCCAGUGAAAUCAACUUUGAAAAUUUAAAAAGGCUAAAUUUUGAAACUAACUUAUGUCAUAUUUUGACUUUUCUGUUAAAAUGAUGCCAUGUGUAUGAUUAUAGUUGUAAAGAAUUAAAAAAAAAACUCCAAUCACAAUUAACAGUAAGUUUCUUUUCAUGGUUUUAGUGAUAUGCUGAGUUUUGAGCAUUUUAAAACACCCAAAUUAUCCUCAUUUACCCUCAUUGUUGUUGAGUUAAUCCUCAUUGUACUCUCACUGAAUACUUUUUUUAAAUUUAUUGCAAGAACUUUUAAGCAAAAGAAGAAAAUCGUUUGGUAAACUAUCAAUAUUUUAGACAAUAGUAGAUUUUUUAUGAAUACCUACCUAGUAUUUCAGCACUCUACUGAACAAAUGGCAUGAUUCAAUUAGGUUUUAAAGGUUUUGAGAUUUUAAUGAAAGGUGUGUAUUCAUACAAAUACAAAUUGUAAACUAUGUGUGAAUACUACUUGAUGGGUAAUUCCUUGUCCAGUAUUAAUGACUGUAAGAUUUGUGAGAUGUGUUCUUUUUGUAAUGAACUUUGUUAAAAAUAAAC